AUGUCUGACGCCGCCGUUGUUGAAGCCACCGCAUCUCCAGUCGCCGCUGUUGAGAAAAAGGCACCUAAGAAAGCCGCUGCCAAGGCAAAGAAACCCUCUGCUGCCCCAAGCCAUCCACCAACCCAACAAAUGGUCGAUGCUGCCAUCAAAACAUUGAAAGAACGUGGUGGUUCCUCAUUGCCUGCCAUCAAGAAAUACUUGGCCAGCACAUACAAAGUUGAUGCUGUAAAAUUGGCCCCAUUCAUCAAGAAGUACUUGAAGAGCGCUGUUGCUAGUGGAAAAUUGAUCCAAACUAAAGGUAAGGGUGCCUCCGGUUCAUUCAAAUUGUCCCCAUCUGCCUCGAAGGAACCUAAAGCAAAGAGCGCUGAAAAGAAGAAGAAGGCCCCAGCCGGUGAUAAGAAAAAGAAGGCAGCAGCACCCAAAAAGGCAGCCGGUGAAAAGAAAGCCGCUGCAAAGAAGCCUUCCGCUGCUAAAAAGACCGCCGAGAAGAAGAAGACCGAAAAGGCCAAGGCUAAAACUGCCAAAAAGACAGGUACAGUUAAAGCUAAACCCGCAAAAACAGCCGCCAAAGCAUCAGCCACUAAACCAAAGGCACCCAAGGCAAAAACCACCGCUGCCAAGCCCAAAAAGGCUGCCGCAGCAAAGAAGCCAGCUGCCAAGAAGACCGCCGCGGGAGGAAAAUACCCCAAAUUCAGGCAGUGGUUAAACAAGACGCACAGAAAAGUGAAAAUCACAUUGCCGGCUCUCUUGAGCGCAAUAUCCGGGACUCCAUCAACACUGGAGGACCUCUUGGACGACCAAGAGGAAAGGGCCGAACCAAUGCAAGAUGGUUUUACAAAAAGACCAUCUUCCCACAAGGACCUAUCGGCCACAGCAGUGCCGUUAGCAGGGAACGAACCAGAAAAUUCAACCAGGGGAGACGCAUCAACAAGAUCAUCUGCAACCUCAUGGACCUGUCUUUCGAACUCGCCGUCAGACGGGGGAAAGCCCGUCACCAAAUCGACUUGA